AUGUUUAUUGAUAAGUCAAUUACUGUUAAUGAAUGGGCAAUGGAAUUAUAUCCAAUGUACUCAACUUUAUCAACAUCAAAAAGAAAUAAAAUGAUACAUAACGCAAUAUAUGAUUGUUUUGCAGCAACAUGUUUAAUUCGACCUGUUACAUUAUGUUGGACAUUUCAACAAGUAAAAAAAAUUAAUAUUCUUGAUUCAUUUCAGGCAUUACCAUCAUCAUCACGAGCGAAUAACAACCCAACAAAUACAAAUAUUAAUCAACAAAUAAUUAAGAAUAUUAAUGAUGAUAUUGAAUUAAUCUCCGAUGAUGAUCAAGAUGAUGAUGAUGAUAUUGAAUUAAUCUCCGAUGAUGAUCAAGAUGAUGAUGAUGAUAUUGAAUUAAUCUCCGAUGAUGAUCAAGAUGAUGAUGAUGAAAUAACAGUUAAUCAAUGUAUUAAAAUUACUAUUAAUAAUGAUGUGUUAUAUGAAGAAAUUUCAAAUGAUGAUAAUGAAUUAAAUAAAGCAUUAUCACUAAAUAAUAAUGAAUCAUUAUAUGAUUCAAUAUCAGACGAUGAUAAUGAACCAAAUUCUGCAUUACCACCAAAUGAUAAUGAUUUAUGUGUCAGCAACCAUAAUAUGGUUGAUGAUGUCAGUGAUUAUGAACAAGAACAACAAUCUUUAACCAAGAAACGUCAAUUACAUAGUCGAACACUAUCAGCUGAAACUCGAAAACGACGAAAUCGAAAAAGAAAUCUUUAUUUGCGAAUGCAACGUUAUAGAUAUUUUAUCACUCGUCCAUUCUACUACAGAUUUACAUUGAAAUUAGUUCGUCAUAUUCUUGCUGAAUACAAAAUUUAUUAUAUUCAUGUCAAACCAGUUGAUUAUUUAUUACUUAUUGGUGUAAAAGACAAAAUAAUUGAACAACAAAAUGAACGAAGAUUACUCGGUGAUAUAUUUGAUCGACUUCAUUAUUACUUAUUUCGUCGUCAAGCUCAAUAUUUAUCAAGAAGAUCACAUGAUAUACAAGAGUAA